UGAAAGAAUGAAUGUAUUACUCUUUGAUAUUGGUUAUAGCUAAUUUUGAUUGAAGAAUAGAUAAAAUUGAAUAUGAUUCUAAAUUUAUCUGCUAAUUUAAAUACGAUUUAUGAGAUCAAAAGGUUGUCAAUAAUUAAUUUUAAACAAAUAAAGAAUAGAUGACCUAAUUAUAGUAAAUGGAUAGUAGCUCAAUUUAAGAGUUAUAGAAUAGUUUAAAGGAAUCUAAGAGUAAUCUAAAACAUUCUUAAUGGCAAAGGAUUGUGAAAGAAAAGGGUAAAAAGUACAUGAAAGUGUAAUUCAACACUAAGCUAUAACUCUUCAAUAUGGUAUAAAGAUAGGGGAUGAGAAUAAAAGAUGUAAAUAAUCGUUAUUGAUUUGAUUAGGCAGCAGAGAUAUUGGGUAUUAAAUACGCAACAGCAAAGACUAUAAUAUUUCAUCAAAGAUAGAGGAGGAAAGCAAAAGGGAAACGUGGUAAAAGAAUGUGUGGACACACUGAAAUCAUUGGAAAUAAGGUUUCACGUUUGAAAAUAAUUUGCAUAAUUGCAAACGAGAUUGUGCAAUAAUAAGAUUAUAAUUUUUGA